GACUCCAUAGUGCAGGCUCAAUAUUAGAAUUUGGAGAUAAUGGUUUAAAUCGGAUUCAAAAUUUUUCGGCCUCAGUUUUUAUGGUAAAAAAGGCAUGACAAAAACUAUAAGCAGCCAAUUUCAUAUACAUUUUGUAAUAGUACCACAAAUAAAUUUGUUUUGGCAAACCAAAUUAAAACGUCAUUCAAGCUAUAACUUCUACUGGUCUAAAAGCCAUUGUCACCAUCUGCAAUCAAGGAGCUACCAAUACUGCUGUGAUUAAUGUAUUAAAAACAGAAAGAAAACAAUAUUAUUUGAGUAAAGAUCAAAACUAUGAUGAUAAUGAUAAUGGUUACAAAGUAAAGUAUGGGGCUGAAAGAAUUACAAUUAUUCACUUGUAUGAUCCACCUCAUCUACUUAAAGGUGUGUGGAAUAAUAUGUUAAAUAAAAACUUAGUUUUUACAAUAAAUGGCAAUGUAAAAGACGCUUGUUGGAAAGAUAUGAUUGAUUUGUUUGAGUUGGACAGUAAUAUUCAAGAAGUUAUAAUGUUACCCCGACUGACCAGACAACAUGUUAUUCCAACAGAAAUAAACAAAAUAAAAGUAAAAUUAGCUUGCCAAGUAUUAAGCCAGAGAGUCGCAGCUAUUUUGUACUUUUUAGCUUCUAAGAACAUAGAAAAUCAACGAUCUCAUGAUACAACCACGUUAUGUUGGUUCUUUGCCAAACUUUUUGAUUCAGUAAAUUGCAACUUUCACAAAGUUGUUGAUGGCAAAAUAUAUUGUAAUUCUGUAAAAAAUAAUUCUCCACACCACCAGCUAUGGAGAGAAUCAAUACAAGUAUCGGAAAGUAUGUACUUUAUCAACCCAGUCACCAAAGAAAAAUCAAUUCAACCACCAACAGUUAAAAAUUGGAUUAGAACUUUAAAAGGAUUUCAAGAUGUUGUCAAAAUUAUGAAUGAUAAUGGUGUAAAUUCCCUUUUGCUUUGAAAUUUGAAUCAAUACUCUUUAGAAAAUGUAUUUGGUGCUGUAAGAGGAUUGGGAUAUCUCAACAAUAAUCUAAGUUAUUCCAUGUUUGCGUCGUUAUAUACAACUCGUAUUACAUAAUUUGACGUCAUCUCAUUCACCAUGAUGAAACUGUUAAGAUUAUUUAGGUAGUAACUGUUUGACACCUAUCAAACAUCAUUAUUCAAUAUUUAUUUUGCUAAUGAAAAAUCACAAGCGGACCCUGAUGUUCUUGUUGAGGAAAUAGUCGCUGAUGGUUUAAAGAAGACAAAAAUUAAUUAUGAUGUAGAUAUGAUACAGUUGGAACAUCAAACCCAAAAACUAUAUCGCUGGUUACAUUAUUAAAAAACUGUUUAACGUUCAGUUUCUAGAAAAUUAUUAUCAAACCAAGCUUUCAUAUUAUUGAUACAUUAAUUUCGCUAAGUUUUACAAUAUUCAUCAAUAUUUUUGUGCUUAAUUAAAACCAACUUAUCACAAUCAGUAUUAAAAAUAAUAUUUCCUUUAGUGUUAAGUUUAAUAAAACCACUUGUGUAAAUAAGUUUACCUUCACAUCAGACGAAUUACUAAUAUAUUCUUCAAUUUUAAUGACUUACAAUCUAUUUGAAAUAUAUGAUAAAAAUAUAGAGAAAUACUACGAAAACCACAAAUCUAAUUUUUUA